UUCUGUUCGGGAGUAUUAUGGUCUGUCGGGAAUUCAGAGUGGCAGCGACUGGAGAAAAAUAUCUGCGCUGCUAGCUGUGUUAGCAGCGUCCUGCGAGCUAACGGUAGGAAGCAGCGGAGUGAACAUGGAGCUGUCUGCCGUCGGGGAGCGAGUGUUCGCCGCCGAGUCUAUUAUCAAACGCAGGAUAAGGAAGGGUCGCAUUGAGUACCUCGUGAAAUGGAAGGGCUGGUCUCCAAAAUACAGCACUUGGGAACCAGAGGAGAACAUUCUGGACCCCCGACUAUUUGCUGCUUUUGAACAGAGGGAGCGUGAGAGGGAGAUGUAUGGACCUAAGAAGAGAGGUCCAAAGCCCAAGACAUUUCUACUCAAGGCGCAGGCAAAAGAUAAAGCCAAGUCUUAUGAGUUCAGGAGUGAGGCCGUCAGAGGGAGGCACGUCAGCUACCCAGUUCCAGAACCCGUCAUCACCCCCAGAGCAAGAGAAGGCCUCCGAGCAGUCGUUCCUACCAUCUUCCCUCCCAGUACUGUCAACCGCGGAGAGAGCAUGCGCGUCCGACCACCAGAACUCAGCACCACCCUAACCCUAACCCCUCAGCAGACGAGCACAGACGGACUCAUCCACGUACCCAAAAAGAGAGGGCCGAAGCCUAAGCCUCGCUUCCAUGACAGCGGCUGCGGCCCUGCGGCCUCCGAGCCGCACAGGAGGAGGAGGGAAGACGAUCAGGAGAGCCACGCCCCUCACAAACUGGUCAAGUACCAGGGAGUGGAAGAGAUGAGGCUCUUCCACAGACACCCGGAGAACCACAGUCACGGCCAUAAACGCCACCAUCACCACCACCACCACCAUCAUCAUCAUCACCACCAACAGCAGCACAACAGCGGCGGCAGCAGCAGCAGCUCCUUUAAGCAGCUGUACUCGGAGCGCGGUCUGCAUCCACACAGGACAGACAUGGACGUUCACAGGAUGAAGGAAGGGUCCAGCUUCCUGGCGCCUGCUCACUUCAAGCACCGGUCCAACGCGAGCCCGAGUCGCCCCGCCGAGCUUCCACUCACGGAGAAGCCGUACUUCCUGGACAGGCCGUCCCCGGCGCGGCUGGACGACAGCGUGGACGAAGUGUCGUGGAGGCCGUCCCUCAGCAGCGUGGAAAAGGUGCUGGUGACGGACGUGACGGCCAACUUCCUGACCGUGACCAUCAAGGAGAGCAGCACUUCAAAAGGCUUCUUCAAAGACAAGAGAUGAUCUUCUGUUUGUUAGUUUGUUUUUUGUUUUCUCUUGACGCUCUGAUGUGAUUUUAAAGAUCCAGUGUGUAAGAAAAUAGUAAAACACGAGGCCUCAAAUUGUCACACAUGGAGGACCUUUCCUCUCACCCCUCCCUUUCCCAAACACAUCAAAAAACUACGGUGGCCUUCACAGACCAGAAAGGGUCUUGGUCUUUCUUUUUUGUGCGUACCAAGAUUCUGCUUCCAAAGCAACACACACACACACACACACACACACACACACACACACACUUCAGCUGGUUAGUCUCUCAUUGGCACAAAAUGUCUCGUCUAAAAUACAUAAAAUGUUUAUUUGAAUGUCUCAAAAACAAAUUUUAUUUUUUACUUAUACAAAUAUACUAUAAAGGGUAGUAUAUGCAAAUAAAUCCUCCCUUGAUUUUACACACUGGACCUUUUAAAACAAAGCAGUUUUUGUAUGUAAAUAUAUAAAGGCAAAUUACACAAUGUGCAUAUGUGUAUAUAUUAUAAAGCCGGACAUCUAUUUAAUGUACUGACCAAAUCAAAUGAAGUCCAUUUUACAUUGUCUGUACAGAGCUUUGUGAAUUUCUACUAUUUUGCAAAACAUAACAAACUAGAAUGUAUUUUUCUUUCAUUUCCACGCUUCUCUUUCAGUCUGAGCUCACGUUAGUACGUCAAGGUCUGGAUUUAAAAUCCAGCCUCUGGAUGAUAAAAUUCUCCAUAAUUAGAACUAAUUAGACUGAAGAUGUCCUGUUCAAUUUCAAAUGGUUUCAAUUUAAAGAAAGGAAGAAAAGAGAGAAAAAUGAACUAAAGCACUUUGAAUCUAAAAGUAUUAAUUUGUUUUGUUGUUGUCCUUUUUCAUGUCUCUAACGUUUCUAGUUGUAAGAUAAAUUAAUAAUCCAACACAGACACUUUAAGAGUUUCCCCAGGGCGCAUAUAACUACUACUAUAGUAUAUUUUAAAUUUUUCAUAGAAAAAAUCAUGCUGCAUUGAUGUAAAAAAAAAAAAAAGGAAUUAAAAAAAAAACUUGCUGUCAAGUUGCUUUUUAGACGCUUUUCAAUAAAUAUAUUGAAUUUUCUCA